UUGUUUUAAAUAUCGAAAGUUAACUAAAUGGAAACUGCAUUUAAGAAUGAAUAAAAUGAAUACACUAAAAUGUGGAAAAGGCUAAGGAAAAUGCUACAUUGCACUUAAAAUAUAUAAAUAAAACAUGUAUAAUAUAUAACUUCAAGGAAACAAAUUUGACUAGCUUAGGCAAGUAGAGUAAUGCAUACAGUUGCAUAAAGUCAUACGAAAUACGACAGAAGAGUUUUGCUGGCUGGCUGUCUGUCUCGCGUGCGGGCAGGAAAAUUGUGCGUGCGCGGUGUUGAUUUCACAGCUCAGAGCUGCGUGAUGACGUCGCCCGCAUCCCAUAGCGUUGAGCUGCGUUGGUACGUGCCGACGUCACACUCCACAGCCACCUUCCACCCCUUCAACGUAUCCCUUGCAAAUGCGUGGGCAGUGCUAGUAUUAUUACGUAGUCGCAAAAACAGUCGAUACAAAUAUUUACGAAAAUUUACUUAAAGCCUAUUAUAUUUUUGUUCAAACUCAGAUAUGGAAUUGAAUUUAGACGCAAUUUGAAGGUCAAUUCCUUUCCGAAACGAGGGGCGUCAACCAAAAUAAUGCCAGGCUAAACCAAUUUUUUUGCGCGAGGUACGAUGCAUUUAAAAAGGGUAGCACGCCUUAGAUCGUGAUGAAUUGUAUCUGGAUAUAAGCAACAAAGAUGUGGCAUUAACUUAAGUGUAAAUUAACUGAAGAUAUUUCCCCCAAUACAUUGCACUCCUGUUUGAGAGAGGCCUAAAACCAGACGUAGAAUAAGAUAUCACAGCGAUGGGUUGAGUAAUUGGCAUCAAGGAUGAAGAGUAAAGUGGAAUGAAAAGUGUUGCUUUACUGAGUCCACCACUGAGUUUAAAGCAAUACGUAUUUGUUGGACCUGGCAAUAGUUUAGAAGGCGAGGUGCCUCCAUCUUCUGUUGUGUGGCAUUUGGUCUACUUUUCCACGCUAACCAGACGUUUUGGCCGAGGUGUGGAUCAAUUACCUCUGGUGUACCCAUUUAUAUUGACAGGAGAUGAAACAGAACCAGCGACCUCUGGAUUGCAGUCUAGUGUGGUAAUCAUUACUUCAUGACUGCCAUCUCCGUUUCUCAGUUAAAAAGAUAGGGCUUGCUGUCAACAACACCAAAAGGAGGACACACUGAGGAAAAAACAUGCGAGCGAAGGGAGUGGUGGGGCUGCUGCUGGCUCUCUCCUUGUUGGCCGGACAAGCAAAUGGAUUCUUCCCGAAAAAAUGGCUGGCCUCCUUUGCAUCGAUUUUCGCAAAAGAACGCACUAUUAGUCACGUGCAAAUGACCACUACAGCUAUCGAGGUGGUGGUGGAAGAAAUGGCAAAGGCAAAAGAAUCCAUAACUGGCUACAAGGUAAACUACAAAGGUACCCCGAGCUAUAAUCUCGCGAAGGAUGUCAUUUUAACAUCGAAUGCAAACACAGAUUCAGAAAAAAACACGAAAAAUGAUCCAAGAUACCAUUUUGAUGCAGAGAAGUUCGUAGGUGCCCUCGAGAUAAUGAUCGGGAAUCGAAACAGAUUAAUUGCAUUGCUCAGGAAAAAUGAAAUAACAACUGUGGACUACAUCACAGCACGACAGCUGACGGGAACCAUUCUCCACACAUUGCAGGAUUUCUACAGCCAUUCAAACUGGAUUGAAAUGGGAAACACAAAGCCAAAAGAUAACAUAUUUAGCAAUGAUUUCUCAGAAAAAGAAGUUGCUGGACCAGAUGUGCGCACAUGCACAAACUGUGGGACAAAUUGUGUAAACAAUAUAAGACCGGAAAUAAAUUCGAAAAGCCUUCUUACCAGCGGAUAUUAUUCAUCUCAGAAGAUUGGGAAUGUUGCUGUCCCAAAGCCUAAAGGAAAAUGGAAGUGCAGCCAUGGAGGGCUUCUCGAUAUGACAAGGUUGACCGAAGCUAAGGGGGGUAUGAACAAAGACGGUUCCCUUAAACUCUUUUCACCACACUACUAUCUGCAUCAAACAGCUGUCGAUGUGGCAACAAAAGCAACCAUCAAGUUCUUCAGAGAUCUCAGAAGUGAAGUAGACAAUGACCUUGCUUUCGGAAGGUAUUUAGGAUUUGAGCAAACAACAUCAAUUGGAUUUGUGAUUGAUACUACUGGCAGCAUGGGACCCUUCAUAGAUAAUGUUCGCACCGAAGUCUUAAGGAUCAUUGAUGAGCGUGCCAAAAACGGCGAGCUGCCUGCGAUGUUUAUGCUCGUGCCUUUUAAUGACCCAGGUUAUGGUCCAGUUCUUGUCUCCAAAAACGUAACUGAAUUCCGAAAAUGGAUUUCAGCACUCUCCCCCGAUGAUGGCGGUGAUGAACCAGAAUUGUUUUUUUCUGGAUUGAUGCUGUGCCUGAAUGCCAUUGAGCCACACUCGGAGAUAUUCAUCUUUACGGAUGCAUCUGCAAAAGAUGCGUAUCUGAUGCCACAAGCGGUUGCCAUUGGAGAGAGAAAGAAAUGCAAAGUGAAUGUUGUGCACGUGAGAUGGUCAGGAUAUAUGCGCUCUUUGGACAAUCAGGGAAACUUCCAGCGAACACGCGCACUUACAUACCCUGAAUAUGACGAAAUUGCUUUUAGUACUGGGGGUUUGAUGUUGAAUCCAACAAGUACGGAAUUUCAAGGACUAAUGGUAGUCAUCGGAGACCUCACAAAGACGCAGCAGGUGAACCUUUUAAAUGUCCGUCAUGUUGAUACAACGACCAGCAAAGUCCUUACAUUUCCAGUUGACAAUUCUGUGAGCGACAUUGUCAUUUUUUAUACGGGGACAGUCUCUGCAUCACCUAACAUUACGAUUUCUGAUCCAUCAGGUACAAUGGAUAGUGCAGUUGCAGGAAAUACAACACUUUUAUCGACCCAAAUAUCUGGAAGCACUUUUAUCAUUCGCUUAAAGGAGCCAAAAAUGUGUGGAGUUUGGAAAAUUCAGAUCACAUCACCGGGAACUUCAAGUUUACGUAUCAUCGGAGAAAGCUCUUUGAAUUUCAUCUACAAGUUUGGAGUUGAAGAUGAUGUCGGGCCGCACCCUGGUAUAAGGGCUAUCACGAAUAAACCAUCAACAGGCGUGCCGCUAUUGGUGGAAGUCACCAUUACAGGCGAAGACACCAGCAGUGUUGUUGCUGAGAUGCUGACGCUGCUAUCACCUGAUGGUCGACCUCUUCAAAUUAUUUUGUUGAACGACACCAGCCCAGGAGACUAUAUUGGAAGGAUUGACUCCCUCCCAGAGGAGCAGUUCUCUGUGUACGUCAGCGGGAAGGACUCGAGAAAUGACACCUUUGGCCGAGUAUUUCCAACAAUUUCUGAAGUCACCACAAUAACACUAGAGAUUGUUUCAACAAUGACUUAUCCAAAGAUCGCCAUUGGCAUCCCAACCUACCUUAAUGUGUCCGUCACUAACUCUGGUGAUGCUGACACAUUCACAGCUACAGUCAGUGUGGACCCUGGCUUCAUUGUCAGUAUUCUUCCUUUGGAUAGAUUCAACAUCAGCAGGAACAGCUCAGUAAUUUUAACGCUGAAGCUAGAAACCAAUUCUACAGUGGAAAUCGGAACGAUUGGCACAUUUUUACUGGUAGUUCACGGAGCAAACUCUACCUACAAUUUCAUAGAUUUUCAAGCUCAGCUUCUAAAGUAUGAUGAUGAUUCAUUUCCAACCUGUGAAAUUAUGGCUGAAAGAAAAUGCCCUAAGAAGCUCCAGGACACGAAGUGCAAAUCCAGCACGUGGAACGCGACCAUCCAGUUCAAUGACACUGGGUCGGGAAUCAAAAUAAUAGAUGCACCUGGUGGCAUGGGCAACAUCACUGUCGGGAAGACGUUGACCAAGAGCUAUUCCGGAGACUGCUGCAACACGGUGUUGAGCGUUAAUGUCACAGAUAUGGCUGAUAACUUACGUGUGUGCUCCUACGACAUGAAGGCAUCAGCAGGGUUUACGAUGUUCCAUAUUGGCAUUUGGCAAAUGGUCAUAUUUGCAUUUGGCCUGGCACUAAGUGGAAUUGCUAAUGUCAUGUGAUUUCAAAUGUUUGACAUGUGAAGUACAGGCAAUACAUCUGUAUAUUUUGUGGGAGAAAAUAUUAUUGUCCUCUUCAUGUGUAGUGCUAUUAUUUUUUUAACACAAGACCUGGCAAUAUAUUUACACUAAUUCGGUCAGGUCUGAUGCGAGUAAUACAUAAAAUAAGGAUCAGAAAAUGUUGUCUCCCCACACUUCAAUACUGGUACAGGGAUAAUUUUACAGGGAACAUUUUAAAUGUCGAUUUUUUUGCAUAUUUUAAGGUGAUCAAUAUUAAAUAUUGUGGGUAUUGUAACAAAUGUGGAUAGAUGUAUUCAAAAAUAUAGACUACUGAUCAAGCAGCUGCAUGAAGUAAAGUGCUAUUGCCCCAUGUCAGAGGUUAAUGUGCUUGCAUUGUUAUCUCAGGAGAAAAAUUAACGAAGACCCGUGGGCGUGGCAAAUUAUGCUGAACUGUCAGAGAAUAUAAGUGGUCAAUCACAUAUUGCUUUUAGAUAUGAUUAUAUGGGAUUAGUCCGAUAAGUGGUUGAUUUAAUUGCAUUGAAAAUAAGAAACACUGUGAAUGUAUCAGUUUUAUAAAUGGUUCGAAUUUAUGUUGCAAAUAGUGGAAGGGAGUGGCAAAAAACUACGCAUUAGUGGCAACAGCAUGUGUUGUCUGAGCUGUCAAAUCGUUGGGAGAACAGCUGUGUCUAUUCCCUCGAUCUUCGCACAAUCAUGUGGUUUGAUAACAAGAGCAAAUACAAUUUACUUUUGAUUACGAGUACUUCAUGCGGUGUUAAACAACAUAGUGUGGCAGGUUCUUUCUUAUCCAUUCUUAUCGUUUACUAUGCUUCACGCCAUUGCCAAGCAGCACUGACCCGCAUGCUGAAGCAUGGUCAUAAAAUUCCCCCAACCCGCAUGACAUGCAUAGAGAGGCCCUCAAUCACCAUUGUUUUUAAAAGGGCACAUAUUUGUGGUACUAUUAAACAAUCAAAUACUCUUGAAGGUACAGAAUUUCCCACACGUCUUAUUCCCCAUACAGUUUAUUUGGGUAAUUUUAAAUGUGCCUGUACGGACUAUUGCAUGUUAUUAUAAUGAGCAAAGUGAGACGAUUAAUAUUACCAUCACCAUAAUCAUGUUAAAAUAAAGCAACAAAAACGUAGAAAUUUGAUGCAAUAGUAUUACACACGAGCCUAAGUAUCUGAUGUAAAGCACCAAAAUCAUAGUUUUGCAUGAGAUUGUUUGGUUUCGGUUUUUUUCUAAUACAAAAUAAUGAUUUUAACUUUCGAAUGCGUUCACUCAUUCUUAAAGAGAGAGACGGCUCAGAGGUGUGAGCAACCAUA